AUGAUGCUGCGGGUAUGGAGACGUCGAUGGGUCUCAGCAAUAAGCAAUUCCCGUACACUGCGAGCUGCAAUUCAUUUUCCAUACUCGAUUGUGACAUCUCAAGAAGCAGCUGGAAGCCCUCGUACGAAUGAGUUGCGCGUGGGUGUCUUGGGGUUGGGAGCUAUUGGAACCAUUUUCUUCACUCGACUGGGAUUGUUGGCCAAUGAAUUUAAGACCAAGAAUGAACUACCGAUACUUCACGUUGAAGCCUUUAUAAAGCGUGAGCAAUUUGGCGUUUGGACGUCGAAGAUGAAACCAAAAUUGUCUCUUGAAGGACAGAGGAGGGAGACCCUCGAAUUUCAGGUGCAUUCGGACGAAAAGGCGGCAAUAGUUGAAAAUGCACCGAACGUACGGGUUCGCACACUUGAAAAUACAGGGGAGGACGGACAUGGUAACGAACUGGAUAUAUUGUUGGUCGCGGUGAAGACGUACGACAGCGUUGGUGUGAUUCGAGAGCUUCGAGAGAAGAAAAGACACUUGUUGAAACAUGACGCACUUUGUGUGUUGCUCCAGAACGGACUGGGAGAAGUGCCUCAAGAGGAAGAAGGAAGAAGAAUUGAAGACCAAUGGCAGUUUGCGAGUGGAGUGACGUUUGUAGGUGGACGAGUGCUGCGAUUUGGAAGAGUGGUGACGAGUGGAUUAGAAACGGGAAAGACGUAUCUCGCACCUUUUGAUGUGCCUGGGAUGGAGAAGGAGAUUAAUGUUACUAGAGAAGAAAUGCUGUGGCGAAAAGAAAGUGAUGCCAAGAUGCAUAUGCUUGCGAGAGUCUUCCUUGCUGCUGGGCUACACUGCGAAGUGCUAGAUGCCAAUGAAAUGCAAGCAAUGCUCUGGCGCAAGCUGAUUGUAAAUGCUGCAAUCAAUCCUGUAGCGUCCCUAUUGGACGCACCGAACCGGAGUGUGGCAAGCACUGAAGGCAGUCGCCAUUGUGUGAAUUUGGUAGUGCAGGAGGCAAUUGCAGUGGCAAAUUGCGAGAGAAUUUCUCUGAAAUGUUCUUAUAAAGAACUAGUCGAAGACAUUUUCGAGGUGGCACUGAACACUGGUGCUAACGUGUGCUCCAUGUUGGCAGAUCUGCGUCGCGGUUCAAGAACAGAGAUCGAUGCUAUCACCGGGCGCAUCGUUGCAGGCGGAAAGCGGCACGGAGUCCCCACACCGACAAACGAGUUGUUACUCUCACUGAUAAAGGCACUUGAGGAUGAAGGGACACGGCGAAUCUGCACGUCUUCCGUGUCUUGA